AUGAUUACUGGUCUCCAUCACGUCAACAUCCUCGUCCCGGAAGGCACCCUCGACCGGGCGGAGGAGUUCUACACAAACACCCUGGGUCUGCCAUCAGCUCCUGUUCCCCAUCUACAGAAAGGAACCCUUCUAUGGUUCAACCUCACGCCGGAUGGCAGCCAGCAGAUUCAUGUAGCCUUUGGCUCCAACAGCGAUUUGCAUUCCGACCGUCACGCUUGCCUGAGAGUCGGGUCUCCGGACCAUCUGUUGACCCUGCAGCAGCGCAUCUGGGAACAUCAUCAGAGAGGGGGCGAUGCUGCUCCCUUGCACGCUGAUAAGCCGGGGGAGCAAAACUCGGGUAGGUUAUUCUGCUCGCUCUUCGUUCUCUUCUAG